GGCCACCAUGGCGGCCACGUUCUUCGGGGAGGUGGUGUGGUCGCGCUGCCGGGCGGGCACGGAGGACGAGGAGGAGGCGGCGGAGGAGGAAGGCGCGAGGGCGACGUUCGAGGACGGGGAGGUCCGGCGGCAGCGGGCUCGGAAGAGGGAGGUAAGGCUUCUCAGAACACAGACAAAAACAUCUUGGGAUGUCCCGCUGCUGGAGAAAUAUCCCUGCUCCAAGUUCAUCCUUGCCAUAGGAAAUAAUGCGGUGGCCUUCCUGUCUUCAUUCGUCAUGAACUCAGGCGACUGGGAGGAAGUGGGCUGCGCUGAGCUCUGGAACGAGUGGUGUCGGGCCACAGACACCAUGCAUAUGUCCCCCGCCAAGGCCUUUUGCAUCUUCUACUACCUCCAGUCAAAUCCCUCGGUUAUGCUCUGUCAAUGCAGCUGCUACGUGGCUGAGGACCAGCAGUUCCAGUGGCUGGAGAAGGUGUUCGGCUCCUGUCCCCGGAAGAAUAUGCAGGUGACUGUCCUCACGUCCCGCCACGUCACCGACUACAAGACCUCUGCAGCAGUGGGCAGCUUUGCUUCGCCCUUCCUGAGGGCCCUGAAGACUCGUGACUUCCACGACUCACUGUGCUGUGCCCUGCUCGAGCCGCCCAACUUUGCACAUGACCUCCCCGCUGCAGUCCUGAGCCACUGCCAGGUGUGGCGCAUCCCGGCUGUGCUGUACCUGUGCUACACUGACGUCAUGCGGCUCGAUCCUGUCACCGUGGGAGCCUUCCAGCCGCUGCUCCGGAGCAGCAGCCUGCGAACCCUGGUGAAGAAUGUUUCCCAGAGCAGAGAGAUCCUGAAGAAGCUGACAACUACGAUGACGACAGAGGUUCAGAGUAACAUCUACACGUGACUUUCCAAGGGACGUAGUGUCCGCUUGUGAAACAUAGAAUAAAUUUAUGCUGUAUUUUUU